AUGAGUCAUGUGAGAAAACCAGACACAAUUUUGAUGAGGUUUGUGUUUUGCAAGAUUCAUUGUCCUCCCUUCAUCUGCUUUUGUAAGCCUGCCCCUCAUAUAUACACUCCUGGACCACUCAAGCUAGAGAAUACCCCACUACCUAAUCCAAAUCCACACGUCCCUUCUUCAAAACCUGAAACCUCUGAUCAGUUACCUAAUGACCCCAUUGAGAUCAAGGAAGAGACCUUAGCUGAAAAUCCAAAAUCAGCUCAGAAUUCUCUCAAGAGUAAUCUCAGAAAGCCGGAUGCUUCAGACCCUGCAGCUCCAAAAGACGAGAUGAAGAAGAGAGUGCAGUGGAUGGACUUUGUAGGGAAAGAACUUGUUGAGAUCAGGGAAUUUGAAUGCAGUGAAUUAGAUGACACGGACAACGAAUAUGAGAACAGAAGAGGCUGCAUUUGUGUCAUUCUAUGACACUUCUUCUGCAAAUUUCUGACAACUAAUUUGAGAACAAAAGAGGCUGCAUUUGUAUAAUUCUAUGUUAGUUCUGCAUAUUCCUGAAGUAUUACAGCAAUGACAAGACCAAGAAAAAAACAUAUGUCUGAAGUUCGUGCAGAACUGCUUAAGGAGAAAUGAAAUUCCAAUCCAUUUCACUGCUCCGCCAUCUCUCACGAACUGCUUAAUAGAGUAGCUAGUCAAGUCCUCUAUAUAAGAAUGCUUGCCUGUUUGUUUCUAUUAUACCAUAACAUUUUCUUUAUCUAGUCAAGGAGUUAUUCUGCCAUUUAGAUUGUUAAAAUGAUCCUUGCAGACUCACGAUCUAAUUUGAUCGAGAUGCACUCUUUUGACAUGGACGGCAUUUAAGAGUUGAGUAAAU